AUGACAAUUAAUAAGAAAAAUGUGAAAAAAACGAUCAGAAUUAUCAAAAUCGACAAAUUCAAAUUAGCGGUACGUCUGACGGUGCCACCCAUGAUAAAAACAUUACACGAGCGUACGGCAACGCUAAACCUGAAUGGAAGGCCUGCCAUUUUGACGAUAGCUGUGUUUCCUUGCGGACGGCUGUCACUGAUUGUCACUAGUUCCUGCAGAACCAAAACUCAAGAGGAAGAGGAUGGGACGGAGCGAGGGGCGGAAUUAGCCAUACUCGAGCUAUGGGAAGACCGAGUGGGGGAGCCCCGUGGGCUGCGGAGGAAUGCGCUCGUCUACGCGGAGAUGGCAGCGGACCUCGCAGAGCUUGGGUACACCCACAAUGCCAGGGAUGUGCAAGUUAAAUUGCAAAAUUUUUCGCAGCGCUACAGAAAGGAAAAGGCAGAAAUGGGUCCUUCCGGUGGGUCGCCUUCUACAUGGGUGCACUAUGAGAGGGUGCACCAAAUAAUUGGAGGGUUCAAGUCAAAUCUGCACACGGAGCUCACGCUUGAAAGCAUUGAUGACUCAUCAAAAGCAUCGUCAUCCAUUGCACCUGUACCGUCCCCAGGAACACCGUUGCCAUCACCCUCGUCGCCACUGCCCUCACCAGUACCUUCAACAUCAGCGUCGGCUGGAAAAGCAAGAAAAUUUAAUUUUCAAUAAAAAUUAUUAGAGAAGUUUGACAAUUUAUCGUCGGACA